CCAUCGCCAUCGUAUUUAAAGCCACAACUUGUUUAACGUGUUUUUACACGACAAGUGACUACUUAGAAGAUACUACGGUAACUGUUUUCUCUCGAUAAUCGAUAUAGAAUGUACCUAUUUUUUUUUUUUUGUGAUUUAAAUAUUCAGUGAGAUGAACGUGUUUAUUAAUAAGUUUUUAAAUCGAACUGUAAUUAAAGACCAGAUUAUAAGGUCUAUUUCUAUAAACAGUGCAUUCACACACGUAAAUGAGGACAAGCUUCUUAAAUCAUGGAAAAAUAUCCCUGGACCUACAACUUUACCAGUUAUUGGACAGAUUCUACAUUUUAUUUUACCCGGAGGUUUGCUAUACAAUCGCAAAGUGGAACUAGCUCAAAUAUUAUACGAAAACUAUGGACCUCUCGUCAGAGUGGAAGGCGGUAUCGGCAUGUCACCAGUUAUCUUCAUUUACGAUCCAGAAGUUGCGUUAAAUAUUUUCCGGAACGAAAAUGAGACGCCAGUCCGUCCGGGUUUUGAUGCAUUGGAAUACUUCAGAAAAUUUUACUACUCGAGGAAAGACAAUCCGUGGGAAGAAACAACUGGCCUUAUAACUGAACACGGAGAGCCCUGGAAGAAAUUUCGAUCAACCGUAAACCCAAUAUUGCUGCAGCCAAAAAAUAUAAAAAUGUACACUGAUGCUCUCAACCAAGUGGCGGAAGACAUGGUUAACAGGAUUAGAUCAAAGCGUAACGAAAAGAACAUGCUUAACGCCAAAUUCAAUACAGAGAUGACUCUAUGGGCAAUGGAAGCGAUCGGCGUAGUUGCAUUAGGAUCUAGACUUAACUGCUUCGAUCCAAACCUUGCAAAAGAUUCCCCAGCGAUGAGACUGAUCAACGCUACUCACUACGUAUUCUAUUUAGUCGAGAAACUGGACUUCGAGCCUAGCCUUUGGAAGUAUAUUUCAACACCUGUCUUUAAAGCUGCAAUGAAGUGUUUUGAUGAACAUACAAAGUUAAAUGAGUAUUUCGUGGAAAAGGCUAUAGAACAAUUAAAAAAUUAUGAGAAUAAAGAAAAAGACAAAGACAAAGAAAAGGGGAUUUUAGUAAAGUUACUUGAAAUCGAUCACAAUAUUGCAGUUAUCAUGGCAAGCGAUAUGUUAUUCGCCGCUAUUGAUACAACUGCCAAUACCACCAUAGCAUCCUUAUUACAUCUAGCCCAAAAUCCAGAGAAACAAAAUAAAUUGAGAGAAGAGAUCAAGUCUAAAGAUGAAAAGAAGCAGUAUCUUAAAGCGUGCAUCAAAGAAUCGCUCAGAUUAAUGCCUGUAGUGGGAGGAAACUUUAGGAAAACCACGAAAGAAUAUAACGUGAUGGGAUACAAAAUACCGAAAGAUAUGUUUGUGAUAUUUGCAAACCAAUAUUUGUGCUCGUGGGAGGAGCAAUUUCCACGUGCAAAAGAGUUCAUACCAGAGAGAUGGAUUGUUAACAGAAAUGAUCCAUUGUACUACGGCCAAGCACAUCCGUUCGUUUACUGUCCCUUUGGGUUUGGAUCAAGAAGCUGUAUAGGUAAACGGAUAGCGGAACUUGAAAUGGAGACUGUGAUAGCUAAAAUCAUAGAGAACUUCCGAGUAGGAUGGAUUGGACCACCACCAGUGCCGACGAGAACGAGCAUAGUCAAUCAUUUGAUCAAACCAUAUAACUUUACUUUUGAAGAUAUUUAAUUAUAUUUAUUACUGAUUUUAACCCCCGACCCAAAAAGAGGG